CAACCAAACAGAAUACGAGAAGUUACAUAGAGUAAGCAACGAUGUACGCGAUCGUGUUUUCAGUUGUGGUAGCUUUGGCGGCGUUGGCGGCUGCCGAUGAUGGGUAUACUACGAAGUUCGACAAUGUGGAUAUUGACAACAUACUGCAGAAUGACCGUCUUCUCAAGAACUACUUCCACUGUUUGAUGGACAAGGGACCCUGCACAGCUGACGGCAAGGAGCUGAAGAAGAAUCUGCCAGAAGCGUUGGAGAAUGAAUGUUCAAAGUGUUCAGAAAAGCAGAGUGUGAACGCUGAGAAGGUUCUUAAGUUCAUAUACGAGAAGAAGCAAGACAUGUUCAAGGAGCUGGAGGCUAAAUACGACCCCGACAACAAGUACAGGAUGAAGUACAAGAAGAGGAUUGAGGCCGCUGGUGUCAAGGUUUGAUUUCGAUUUCCUCGCCAAAAUAUUGUGAAACAAAAAUGAAAAAAAACCAAAUAUUUCCAGUGACGUCACUGUAACUCUUCUAAAACCAAAUAAAGCUGCUUCAUACCUAAA